AGAGUGAGUGAGAGAGACAGAAAGAGAUUAACAGGAUCCAGGCCUCCCAGUCUCACAGCCAGUGCGACAGAAGAGCAGCACUGACUGUGUACAUGAUAGUGAAUACGCCUGGGUGCAUAUCACAUCACUUGCCAACACUCUCCGUUCUCUGGAUCUGCUCAUUGUAUCAUAGGAUUGCAGCAGAACUUUCUGGCCUGUUCAUUUGUUUACAUCUGACACCUGCUCUGGUUUUGGACUGAAUCUGGACUCGACUGGACAAGAUGCUCCUGCAUUUGGGAGGGUCCAGGGGGAAGAUGGGCAUCCUGCUCAUCAGGAGAGUGGGUUUGUUUUGUCGUUCUGCCCACUUGUCUCCCCAAAACCUGGAGUAUCGACCAAUCAAAAAGGUCAUGGUGGCAAACAGAGGUGAAAUAGCCAUCCGGGUGUUUCGUGCAUGCACAGAGCUUGGGAUCCGUACAGUGGCUGUAUAUUCAGAGCAGGACACCGGGCAGAUGCACAGACAGAAGGCAGAUGAAGCUUACCUCAUUGGCAGAGGCCUGUCCCCCGUUGCAGCCUAUCUCCAUAUCCCCGACAUAAUCAAAGUGGCUAAGGAAAAUAAUGUGGAUGCAAUCCACCCUGGUUAUGGCUUUUUAUCAGAGCGUGCAGACUUUGCCCAAGCCUGUGCUGACGCCGGGGUAAGAUUCAUUGGUCCUUCCCCAGAGGUUGUGCACAAGAUGGGGGAUAAAGUGGAAGCCCGUGCCCUGGCCGUAAAAGCAGGUGUUCCAGUUGUUCCCGGAACAGACGCUCCCAUCUCAUCUCUUCAAGAGGCUGAGGAGUUUGCCAAAACAUACGGCUUUCCCAUCAUCUUUAAAGCUGCAUAUGGAGGAGGAGGCCGUGGGAUGAGGGUGGUCCGAGAUUAUGAGGAAUUAGAGGAGAAUUAUCAGCGAGCAUAUUCAGAGGCUCUGGCAGCAUUUGGUAAUGGUGCCCUGUUUGUUGAGAAGUUCAUCGAGAAACCACGACACAUUGAAGUACAAAUUCUUGGUGAUAAAUAUGGAAAUGUGAUUCAUCUGUAUGAGAGGGAUUGCUCUAUCCAGAGAAGACAUCAGAAAGUGGUAGAGAUCGCUCCUGCUGCCCAGCUCGACCCUCACCUUAGAGACAGAUUGACCUCAGACUCAGUCAACCUGGCCAAACAGGUGGGCUAUGAGAAUGCAGGUACAGUGGAGUUCCUGGUGGACAAACAUGGAAAACACUACUUCAUCGAGGUGAACUCCCGACUGCAGGUGGAACAUACUGUUACAGAGGAAAUCACUGAUGUGGAUUUGGUUCACGCACAGCUGCGUGUGUGUGAGGGCCGCAGUCUUCCUGAGCUGGGUCUCGAGCAGGACAAGAUCCAGAUCAAUGGCUGUGCCAUUCAGUGCCGGGUCACUACAGAAGACCCCUCCCGUGGUUUUCAACCAGACACAGGUCGCAUAGAGGUGUUUCGCAGUGGAGAGGGUAUGGGCAUUCGUCUGGAUAGUGCAUCUGCGUUUCAGGGGGCCAUCAUCUCCCCUCACUAUGACUCACUGCUGGUUAAAGUCAUAGCCAGUGGCAAAGACCACCCCACCGCGGCAACCAAAAUGCACAGAGCGCUCACCGAGUUCAGAGUUCGUGGUGUUAAGACUAACAUCCCCUUCCUGCAGAAUGUGUUGAGCAAUAGCCAGUUCCUGUACGCCACAGUUGACACCCAGUUUAUUGAUGAGAACCAGAAACUUUUCAACCUCAAACCUACACAGAACAGAGCCCAGAAACUCCUGCACUAUCUGGGUCACAUAAUGGUAAAUGGACCCAUGACUCCUAUUCCAGUGAAAGCCAAAUCCUCAUCUGUUGAUCCAGUUGUUCCUUCUGUUUCUCUGGGUGAGCCGCCCAUGGGCUUCCGUGAGGUCCUGUUGAAGGAGGGUCCUGAGGGUUUUGCACGGGCAAUUCGACAGCACCAGGGUCUUCUUCUGAUGGACACUACCUUCAGAGAUGCCCACCAGUCCCUGCUGGCCACCCGUGUCAGGACACAUGACCUCAAGAAGAUUGCUCCCUUCGUGAGCCACAACUUCAAUAAUCUCUUCAGCCUGGAGAACUGGGGAGGAGCUACAUUUGAUGUAGCAAUGCGUUUUCUGUGGGAAUGUCCGUGGAAGAGACUUCAGGAGCUCCGAGCUCUGAUUCCCAAUGUCCCAUUUCAGAUGCUGCUACGUGGAGCCAAUGCUGUGGGAUACACAAACUACCCUGAUAAUGCAGUUUUCAAAUUCUGCGAGGUAGCCAAAGAGAACGGAAUGGAUAUCUUUCGUGUUUUUGACUCCUUGAAUUAUAUUCCCAACAUGCUUCUGGGGAUGGAGGCAGCAGGGGCAGCGGGAGGCGUGGUGGAGGCGGCCAUUUCUUACACGGGAGACGUGUCUGACCCCAUGAGACAGAAAUACUCACUGGAGUACUAUCUGAAGCUGGCCAAUGAGCUAGUUAAGGCUGGAACACACAUACUGGCUAUUAAGGACAUGGCUGGCCUGCUGAAGCCCGAAGCCAGCCGUUUACUGAUUGGAGCAUUGCGGGACCGCUUCCCUGACAUCCCUAUCCAUGUUCACACUCACGAUACUGCAGGUGCGGGGGUCGCGGCAAUGUUAGCCUGCGCACAAGCAGGUGCAGAUAUAGUGGAUGUAGCUGUGGACUCCAUGGCUGGCAUGACCUCUCAACCAAGCAUGGGUGCCAUCAUAGCCUGCACCAAAGGAACCAAACUUGAUACUGGUGUUUCUAUGGACAGAGUCUUUGACUACAGCGAGUACUGGGAAGUGGCUCGUGGUCUGUACGCUCCCUUCGACUGCACCGCCACAAUGAAGUCUGGUAAUGCAGAUGUUUAUGAAAAUGAGAUCCCAGGGGGCCAGUACACCAACCUACACUUCCAGGCCCACAGCAUGGGCCUCGGUAACAAGUUCAAAGAGGUGAAGAAAGCCUACACCGAAGCCAACAAGCUGCUGGGAGACCUUAUCAAAGUGACCCCCUCCUCUAAGAUUGUGGGUGAUCUGGCUCAAUUUAUGGUGCAGAACUCUCUCUCCCGGGCUGAGGUAGAAGAGAGAGCAGACGAGCUCUCUUUCCCUCUGUCUGUUGUGGAGUUCUUGCAAGGACACAUUGGAAUACCACACGGAGGAUUCCCUGAGCCCUUCAGGUCAAAGGUUCUCAAGUCAUUGCCUCGAUUCGAAGGUCGUCCAGGUGCUUCACUUCCACCAAUGGACUUUGAGGCUCUUGAGUCUGAUCUGCGGAUGGCACAUGGUGAUGAAAUAACUCCUGAAGAUGUGAUGUCAGCAGCCAUGUACCCUAAAGUCUUCCAGGAGUUUAAAGAGUUCACAUCAAACUUUGGCCCAGUGGACUGCCUUAACACUCGCCUGUUUCUGGAUGGCCCUAAAAUCGCAGAGGAGUUUCAGGUGGAGUUGGAGAGAGGGAAAACGUUGCACAUCAAAGCCUUGGCCUUGGGUGACUUGAACAAGUCUGGUCAGAGGGAGGUGUUUUUUGAACUCAACGGCCAGCUGCGUUCAGUCUUGGUCAAGGAUACGGCAGCAAUGAAGGAGAUGCACUUUCACCCUAAAGCCUUGAAAGAUGUGCGGGGACAGGUUGGAGCUCCCAUGCCCGGGAAAGUGGUGGAAGUAAAGGUGAAGCCAGGUCAGAAAGUGGAGAAAGGUCAGCCUCUCUGCGUCCUCAGCGCCAUGAAGAUGGAGACAGUUGUCAACUCGCCAAUCUCAGGCAUCAUAUCCAAGGUGCACGUCAAUGCCAACAGCAGCCUGGAAGGAGAUGACCUUAUCCUGGAAAUAACCGAAUAAAGUUUAAAAGCUACAGAGGUUAAAGGUUUCUUUUCUAAAAAACAUGUUAAGAGUGAUCUUGUAAUUUGGUGGACUGAUGGUGUUGUAAUUACUGAUGAUUUUAAGAUUUCAAACAUGAUGUUCAUAACUUCAGAAUAAGAAUUUAUUAUUUUAUUUUAUUUUUUUUGUCUGUUAUUUAAUUCAAAAUAGAAGCAUAUAGGGGAAGCAUUUAUAGCCUGUAACCAGAAACUCCAGAAGCCUUUGUGAUUCACUCUUUGGUAUUCAGUUCAAGCUCUGUUAAUACACCGAGGACAGUGAAUCCAGUGAAUCUACUUGCAGCCUCAAGGAAGGGAGGACAAAUGAUACCUACAUUACAGACUGAUCAUUCCAGUUUUAUUUUUAUUUUUAAGUUGAAUUAAUAAUAUAUUAAAAUUAACAAAGUUCAUUAUGAAUCCAGAUGACAACAGAGUUUUUAUGCGUGUGUGUGUGUGUGUGUGUGUGUGUGUGUGAGAGAGAGAGAGAAACACUGCAAGUUGUAAGUUUGAAGAGGAACAGCAGUUUCAUAUUAAUAUCAUAUUAGUGGAGUGUAAAAUCAGUUUUAAAAUGUCUGAAAUAUUAAUACCAGCAGAUAUUCAGUGUCAUCAUAAUAACGUCAUUCUGCGUAAUCUUGAGUAAUCGUGAACUCAUAUAUAUUCAGAUGUAUAUAUAAGCAAUCAACAAUAAUCAAAACCAGCCAUUACUCUGGACCAGUUCAUUAUAAGGAAUGCGAGUGUAGCUAAUGCACUGUGUAUCACAUGAGUGUAAUAAUUUUCCACACAACAAAUUCCUUAUGAUUUCUUUCUCCUCUCCCUCAUCCUGCUCUUCUUUUUAAUCACUCUAUCACCUUUGCACCACAGAAGCACUCAGGUUUGCGCUGCUACUAUAAGUGAACAGCAAGUCAUUACACAAGCAAUAAUGAAGUAAACAAAUGCAAAAUGUGUCUGUGGGGCAGCGAAGAGAAGCUUCAUUUUACAAAUGCUUCAGAAUGUUUUGCAAAUGCAAUUGUGUAAUAUGUUUACAUAAAUCCCACUUAAAGGCUCAAACAACGUGCAGAAUGCUUUAAAACCAUUUUAAUGCUGUAGAAAAAGAGACUAUAAUUACUGGUGCCAGUCUGUGUUAUUAAUGAUAUGCUGCACAAGAUAUUUCCUACUUGACCUUGAAAUAAGUCUUGAUUAUAGUUUCGUAUAGAAACCUCACUGUGACAUUUCAAGGUGGAUAUGAGCUGAAAUUGGGAUUCGCGAUCGAAAAUCCGGAUUUUAGCAAUAUAGGAUCCGAAAUAGAAAUGGUCAGACUGAUUAAAAAGUUGAUGCAGCCCGAUGAGAUCAGAGGACAAGGAUGAUUGUAUAUUGAGCUCAUGGAUGCAUUCAGUUUUUCUGAUUGAAUCUUUUGGCUGGCUUAUCAACGGUUUAGUGCAGAGAGAUAGAGCUGUCUUCCAUUGUGAUACAGUUUCACAAUGGCUUUUCGAUAUGCCAUAUGACUUGCACAUGGUUCUCACAAAUGUUAAACUUGUAUUAUUUUGUGCUUUCAGAAAGAGCCUGUGCAAACAGUCUGAGUGCAUGUAUGAACAGCAUGAUUUUGUUUGCAUGCAUACAACAGACAGAGACGCAUACAGACACCCACGUGUUACCAGGGAUACCAAAAAACACAUGCAAAAUGAACUAGCGUUCAUUGAAGCUGCUCAAUUAAACAUAAAAUAGCUUUAUGUGUUUGUGUGUAUUUUUAUUUAUUUUUUUUAAAUGGCACUGUUGGAUGGUUUCGGCCAUGUUCUGAAGUUUACAAGGGAACAGCUCAACCAAUAAGAAACUGUAAUGUUCUUUUUGGAACCAAAAGCUUGUGGGUUUGAUGUGGAUAAUUUCUAUUGAGCUAACAAGACUACAGUUGCUACUUAUAUAAAAGAAACUUCAUAAUUAUCUUCAUAGUUACAAAUAUUGCUUAUCAAAGGUUUUUCUUUGUAUCCUUUUGAGAUAAUUACUGUUAAAUUUGUAAUUCAUAGUAAACUCAAAUUCUGUGUGUGGGUGGAGAACUGAGAAUAUUUGCAAUUCAGUCCUUGAGUCUUUCAGUUUAGUUUUUCAUUAUUGAAGCUGAAGAAGUAAAGCCCCAAAUGCUUUAGUUUAAUCAUUUAAAUUGUGAUGAAAAUGAAUGUUUUGCAUUAACUAUGUAUUUGGAUGCCAUUCACUUUAAGUAAUACAUUGCAUUUACAUGAUUUUAUGAAUGCUUAUUUUGUUUCCCGAUUAUCCUCAAUUUUAAACUUGUCUAGAUGGUUGUUGCUAUGUUGUAAUCAUAUCAGAGAUGUUUAAUAAAGAUAAAAAAAUAAAACAAUAAAUUAAAGAAUUACAUCA